GUUAAAUUACGCAAUUUCUAUGAAUUGUUUUGAGAAAUGUCAAAAACAAGCAAAGAAACUUGGUUUUUAUUAUAAAUGCACUAUUUUGAAAUGAUAAUGUUCACUUUGAGGAAAGUGUCAAAAUAAUUAAACAAUUGUGACAAAACGUUGACAAUUUAAUUUUGUUAAUUCUAUCUAAAUGUUAUAAAUUGUGCAUUUUGGUUAUGUUUUUGAAAAAUUAUUCUUCCACGAAAAAUAUCGUUAAUAUUUUUUCAAAUAAAUCUAUUUUAUUAUUUACUUUAAGUUUCUAGAGUAAAUAAACAAGAAUAAUGUUUGGAACUCUUAGGGAAAAGUUUCAUUCUAUGCAAGAAGGAUUGUCAGCUAGUAUUAGGGGUUUAACAAUAUCGGAGCCGAAAAAAAUAGAGAAUGUUAGAAAUGUGAAUUAUAAUGCAGGAGCUGAUAUUCUACAUCGUUAUCAAUUGCAGUGGAAUGAAUUACAUGAAUUAGCUGAAGAAAAUGCGAAAAAUGCUCAAAAUGUUGAUUUCCUAGUUGCUGGGAUUCAUCAGAAAUUGGAACGAGAAUGGAAAAGUAUAUUGUGCCUAAAUAAUACAUUAGCUGUUAUUCCUAAAGUUAAUGACACCAUUCAAAAUCUAAUGAGUCAAAUAGAAAUUUUACAAGAAAUGUUCGAAGACGUUGAACACGCUCUUUUUCAAUUUGAAAAUCUAAACGAAGAAUUAGAUUUACAAAAUCAACAGGUAGAUCAAAGGUACCAAUUAACAUUGUACAGGGAAAAUAAGUCCGCAACAUUAAAUUCUCUACGAGCAAAAUUUUCCAGCGAACAUUCGGAAAAAAUAGCUAAACAUGAGCUUAAGCAACAGAAAACGAUGCAGGAAAGACAAAAAACCUUUGCGGAAGUUUUCGAUGAAGAACUAAAUCAGUACAAAGCAACUGGUUCAAUUCCAAAGAGUAGCCGAGUAAUGGAAGGACCAUCGUUAGAUGAAAUUGUCCUCGAAACGGAUACAACGGAUUUCGACGCAUUUCUAAAAAGUUAAUUGUUAUAUAGAAUACCGUUCAUCAACAAAUUAGAUUUGAGUUUAUAUACUCUUUUUGUGAUAUAGAAAAAAUAAGUUUUUCAUCAAAAAUAUUUGUCGAAUAGGAUGAAAUGGAUAAUUGAACGAAUAAGGCGAGUAAACUUCCCAAGAAGAAAAAAUAAUUUAUUUUUAAUUAUCUAUACAAUAUUAUUAAGAAAAAUAGAUGAUCUAUACAUAUUUGUACAUGAGAUAUAUUUACUUAGCAAUAAAAUAUACAGAUAGGAUCGAACAAAGACAAUAAAACAAUUGUUACCAAUUAAUGGAUAUGUCUUUGCGAAAAAAAUGGAACAUUUUACUUAUUUUUGGAAAAUACAUAUAAAUUAAAAGAUA